AUACCAGCGGAUCAAAUAUGGAAACCAGAAAGCCUCAUGCAGUUCUACUGGCAAGCCCUGGGCUGGGGCAUCUCAUCCCCAUUAUCGAGCUCGGUAAACGUCUGGUCACCCACCAUGGCUUCAUUGUCACCGUCUUUGUUGUGACGGUCGAUACCUGCGCACGAACACAGCUUCUCAUGAAAUCAUCAAACUCAGCUGGUCUUCUCAGCAUUUUCCACAUACCAUCUGUCCAUAUCUCCACCCUACUUCCAACUACAUCAGAUAUAGUAACUAAAAUUAAAGUGAUGAUGCAAGAGUCUUUGCCCUAUCUUCGAUCAGCCAUCUCUGAGAUGAAAACUGCCCCAGCAAUUCUCGUCGUCGACUUAUUCGGGACAAAAGCUUUCCUCAUUGCCGAAGAGUUUAACAUGUUGAAGUACGUAUUUGAUACUUCUACUGCGUGGUUCCUUGCGGUGACGACUUACGCUCCUGCUCUUGAUAGCAAGGCAUUUGACGAGCAUGUCAACGAAGAAAAACCCAUGAGCAUCCCGGGUUGCAGACCACUUCCAUUCAAGGAUACUUUUGAAAUCUUUUUUAACAGAUCAACACCGGAGUAUGAGCAAUUCAUGGCUAUGGCGGCUGAGAUUACAACGGCUGAUGGGAUUCUGGUGAACACAUGGGAGGAUCUCGAGUCAACAACCCUAAAAGCUCUCAGAGAUAAGAAACUGCUACGACCAUUUGUUCGAGCACCAGUUUAUCCGAUUGGCCCAGUGGCUAGAUCGGUCAGGUUUCCUGCCACUGGUGACCUGGUUUCAGACUGGCUAGACAGACAACCCAACAAGUCCGUCAUCUACGUAUCGUUUGGGAGCGGUGGAACACUUCCAUGCAAACAAAUGACGGAACUGGCUUGGGGUUUGGAGCUCAGCCACCAAAGAUUUCUCUGGGUGGUAAGGCCGCCCAUGGAGAACGAUCCAUCUGGGUGCUUCUUUACCAAUUUCAACGACAACGAGGGUGGACAUUAUCUCCAUCUAGAUUUCUUGCCUGUGGGGUUUUUGACCCGAACCAAGGGCAGAGGCUUAGUAGUUCCGUUGUGGACUUCGCAGCCAGAGAUCUUGGGACACCCAUCGGUGGGCGGGUUUUUAUCUCACUGCGGGUGGAAUUCGAGUUUGGAGAGCUUGGUGAACGGUGUACCGAUGAUCGCUUGGCCACUGUUCGCAGAGCAGAAAAUGAACGCAGCGAUGCUGACGGAGCUCGGGGUGGCCGUGCGAUCAAAGGAGUUGGCAGCUAGUGGAGUGGCAAGUAGAGAGGAGAUAGGGACUAUGGUGAGGGAACUGAUGGAGGAGAAUGAAGGAGAAACAAUGAGGAAGAGAGUCGAAAAACUAAAGCGCAGCGCAGAGGAAGCCGUAAGGGAAGGCGGUUCAUCUUAUAAUACCUUGUCUCAGUUGACCGCAGAGUGGGAGAAGAAGGUAUUUGGCACGUUAAACCACUUGACUAUUGUCCCACUACUAGAGAAUUGGAUCAACCACACCUUUUAAAUAUAAAU